CUGUAGAAAAUACCAGUUAUCCAAGUGGUGAUUACAGUUCCACACUGGUUUAACUGCCAUGAAUCGAAGGAGAACUAAUAGUAGAGGGACCACUCCUACCACGAAGAUAAGUCAUCAACCUCCGAGGCUUCUCAUUGUGCAUAUUGCUGUGCCUUCCUGGGCCGACAUCUGCCCCAACCUCUGUGAGGCCCUACAGAACUUUUUCUCUAUAGCCUGCAGUUUGAUGGGCCCCAGCCGCAUGUCUCUGUUCAGCUUAUACACAGUACAAAACCAACAUGAGUGUAUCCUCCCAUUUGUGCAAGUGAGAGGGAACUUCGUUAGGCUGCAGGCUUGCAUCUCAGAGCUGCGCACGCUACAGGUAGAAGGUUGUUAUAGACCACAUCAUACCUUACUGCCGUUGGCUGUAGAGGAUGGGCUCCAACAGUUCAAGCAAUUCAGCAGAUACAUGACCACAAGUUCUGCUCAGCCCUGUAAUUCCCUGGAGAUUACUGUCCUGACUUCUCAGCCUGGAAAAGAAGUGAUCAGACAACUGGAGGAAGGAUUGAAAGACAUAAGCCUACUUAGUGUCAGAAGGCUGCAGGUGGUUGAGGUCACAAAAGACAUCCAAGAACAUAUAGACUCACCAUCUCCCAUUGAAGAACCCAGCAAUGAUGAGAGUGCAAUCCUAGAUGCCGACAUUGUCCUUCAGACCCUUGACAACGAUGUUGUGAGCAUGGAGGUCUUCUUCAAAGCUUGGCUGCAUAACAGUGAAACCGACCGAGAACACAUCCAUCUUCUUCUUACUCCACAAAGCCUUCCUCCUUCUCCCCGAGCCGGGGAUAAUCCAAUAGUAUGUCUGAAAUGUGACCUCCAAGAGCGAUUUCUCAGCCCAUCCCUGCUUCCCGGUACAGCCGAUGGCAUGCUGAGAGUAGAUGACCCCCAAGGAGACAUCAGCACUCUCUACCAGAUGGCUUCCUUGUCGUCAGACUCUCCAUACAAGCUGCAAGUGAUCAAAGCUCUAAAAUGCAGUCACAUCUGUGAGUCCCUGACCUAUGGACUCCCCUUCAUCCUCAGACCCACGAGCUGCUGGAAGCUGGACUGGGAUGAGCUGGAAACGAAUCAGCAACACUUUCAUGCUCUGUGUCACUGCUUGCUGAAAAGAGAUUGGCUGCUGUUGGCCAGAGGGGAACCCCAGGUCCCCAGAUACAACCAGAAUGUCCCUGCCAGCAGCUUCUAUGUGAUCACACCAUCUCCCUCUCUCACACUGCUGGUGAAGUUGGUGGCCACAAGGGAACUGAUGCUGCCUGGCUUCUUCCCCCUGCUAUCCGAGGACCCACCUGAAGACAGCCUGAAGAUCAUAGAGAGCACACUGGACAGCCUGGAGCUGGGGCCCACCUACAACCCCCUGCAAGUCGGGAGCCACCUGUACUCACAACUGAGUGGCACCCAUGCCAAGCCUCAGGGACGUCUCUACACCAGCUGGGAGAGCCGGGGCCUUAGAAAGGCUGGACAGUCUCAGAGUAACAGAGUUCGAGCCACAGUGGUCCCCCUGCCAAUGGCUCCAGCCCCAGGUAGAGCUCCCAAGACGUCAGCGGCCAGCAAAGCUUCCUCGGGAACCUUCCUGCCCUCUGAUUCAGAGGAAGAGUAUCCUUCUCAGACCUAAGUCCCCAGUGCCAAGACACAGCCAUACCACAUAGAUGGCUACCUGAGAGCAAUCUGCCUGCGCUCAACCUAAGCCUGUGAGCUCAGGCUAAGGGACAGCCUCUCCCUCUGUCCCCAGUACUGCCAUUGCCCAACUCAGGGCUGAAGGCAACACACCCAGGCCUGUCUUUUGUCCAGCAGGGACUCUCUCUCUCUCUUCUGGAUCAUUUGAUAGUGUUGACACAAAUAAUUAAAUGCCCACUAAGCCUACCAUUGUUAGGAGCAUUCCUAGACCAGAAUUCCUUCCUGCAGCUCUGUGUAAGAAGGUGGAUGAGGUCAGGUCACCCUUGGGACACUGCAACUCCAGAAUUAUGAUGAGGUUUUCACAGCUCAAGAAAAAUCAAGGCAUUAGAGCCUGAACUCUGAUCCAGAAGAGUUCCCUUCCCAGACCACUCACAGAGAUUCCCUUCAGCUUCAGACACUCGGUGCCUGUGAGCACCUGUGUGUGUGGUGUGUGUGUGUGUGUGUGUUUGUUGAUGGGGCAGGGUGCUGUUGUGUUGCCCAACAGAACGGAGUGGAAGUCUACUCCCUACCUCACCUCCUCUCCCCACACCUGCCUACCUUCCUGUCAGCUGCCUUGAAAUACAGGAAAGUAGCUGCCAUUAUAAAGUACCUUCCCUAUGCUUUAGCUGACACUAAGUGCUUGGGAAAUGUGUCCAUUUCAAUGCAAGCAACCUUUUGGAGCUGAGCCAGAUUCUCACCCUUGGUGGAAGAACAGCGGAGGAAAGUUAAGGACUGCGGGUGGCAGACAGCUGACCCAGGGUCACAGAGCUGGAGCCCUGCCCAGGUGAACCUGUGACCACCCAGGCUCUGCGCCACCACACUGCAGACUUUCCUCCCUGGGGUCCUUUCCUCCUUCCCUGGUCCCCAACAGAUCUCUGGUUCUUCUCUUGACCCCCCCCAAGCCCUCCCUGAACAUGCCACCACUGUGUUUAUUCAUACACAAAGACUUUUUCAACCCAAA